GAUGCUUGUCCAGUACCAUUCUGACCUUAUUCGCCAACAGUAUCAUUUUUAAAAAACUGGAAACACCAUCGGAUAGGGGAUUUUUCAAUUAAAAAAAAACACGUCAUAAGUUUAUAUAAGUGAAGAUAAGUGUAAAAAGCGAUUUUUUAAAACGUCAAAAAAACAUUCGAAUUUGAAGAAUUUGUUUUCGAAAAACUAACAUGAAAGUGAAUCUUGUCGGUUCAAUAUUCGUAUUGAUAGUGUUUAGUUGCUUACACUGUGACGUUUUCUGUUUACCUAACCCUAGGGGCACCACCAAAGAUAAUGUUCUAAACACUGUUGAUUCCCCACUGAAAGUGACAAGAAAAAACUCUUCCAGCAGCAACGAUGAAGCAGCAACUAUAACUGCCAAUAUUGCUGCUGCUAGUGGACAUGGAUCUCAGCCUUAUUCGUCACUUUGGAAAGUCUUUGACUCUGAGGAGAGUAUUCGAGCUAUCCAGGCCAAAAUAAUGAAGAGCUACAUGAAUUUCUCCGUCGAUCCUUGUGAUGAUUUCUAUGAAUACGCUUGUGGCAAUUGGGAAAACGUUCAUCCCAUUCCAAAGGACAAAUCAGAAUACUCGUUGUUUAGUUUGUUGAAUAACAACAUUCAAAAUGAACUUCGUGAAAUUCUCACCCAGCCCAUAACUUCCAUCAAUCAUUCCAAACAGGAACUCAGUGCUGAGGAAAAGGCAAAGGUUUAUUUUAUGACUUGCAUCGACGAGGAAACCAUCAAUCGGCGAGGAGUUGAUCCUUUGUUAUAUUUUAUUGAUGAACUCGGUGGCUGGCCGGUGCUCGAUGAGAACAAUUGGUCAGAGAAGGAGUUCGAUUGGUUGCAACUUUCCAUAAAAACGACUUUGUUAGGAUAUCCGGCAGUCAUUUUUUCCGAUGUCGAAAUGGAUUUGAGGAAUUCGACACGGUAUGCUAUUUAUCUGGAGGAGGGAAGAUUGGGUCUCAGCAAUCGAGAUGACUAUUUGAAUAGCGAUAAUGAAGACCAUCUAGAUGCGUAUAGGAACCUUAUCGUGACAGUUCUAAGACUUCUUGAUGUCGAUCCCGAAAAAGCCGAAGAAACUUCCAAGGAAAUUGUUGAUUUUGAAAUCCAAUUGGCAAACAUCACUACUGAUCCUCAUGUUCGUGUCGACCUCAACGAAAUGUACAUUCCGAAAACGAUCGCCGAACUUAAUAUUGAAUACGAAAAUAUAGAUUGGAUAGCUUUCUUUUCUGGUAUCCUUGAAACUCGACUUCACCCCAAUCAAACAAUUGUUGUUCUUUCGGCCAACUACUAUGGCAAUUUAACGCGUCUUUUGAAGGACGUCGAACCGAAAACCCUUGCCAAUUAUAUGAUAUGGCGAGGUAUUCAUCCGUUCCUCGAUGGUUUGGAUGAAAACUUUCGAGCAGCUUUGCAGACUUUCAAAGAGGCUCUAACUGGACAGAAAGAACCUCUUCCUCGAUGGAAAGAAUGUCUUAAAGAGGUGAACACUCAAGUGGGCAUGGCCACUGGGGCUAUGUUUGUGCAGCGUUAUUUCGAUGAAGAUAGUAAAAAUGAAACAGUUGGACUUUUAAGUGAGGUUAAGGAUGCCUUUACAGAGACACUGAUGGGUCUUGAAUGGAUCGAUGAGAGAACAAAGGAACUAGCACAUAAUAAAGUCAAUAAAACAAAGCUUGCUGUCGGCUACCCAGAUUUUAUACUGAACCCAACAGAGCUCAACAAGCUUUAUAGUGAUUUAAAGGUUAUGCCAGAGAAACGCUUUGAAAACACGCUCAACUUGGUUAAAUAUUCCUCCAGAGAGCGUAGGGUACGAUUUUCGAAAAACGUUGACAAGGAAAUGUGGCCGUCAGCACCAGCUGUAGUUAAUGCGUUCUUCGAACAGACCAACAAUCGAAUCGUAAUUCCUGUUGGGAUUUUGCAACCUCCAGUUUUUCAUAAGAAUUUCCCGCGAGCUCUCAACUAUGGUUCAAUGGGGGCAUUUGUAGGCCACGAACUGACACAUGGUUUUGAUGAUGUUGGCAGGGAAUUUGACUCAGCUGGCAAUAUGAUCCCAUGGUGGAGUAUGGAGGCUGUCAAGGGAUUCCAAGAAAGAGAGAAAUGUUUCGUAGAUCAAUAUGGAAACUUUUCAGUAAAUGGAAAGUUUUUACCGGGAAUUAUGUCAAAGGGAGAGAAUAUUGCCGAUAACGGAGGCGUACGCCAAGCCUUCCGAGUCUAUCGCAAAUGGCAGAUUGCUAAUAAAAAGUCAAAAAGAGACUCAACUGAAGCAAUGCCUGGUUUGAAUUUAACCAAUGACCAAUUAUUUUUUGUUGCUUAUGGUCAAUCAUGGUGCAAUGCAAUACGACCAGAAGCAUUGGAAAAUCGGCUGCAGACAAAUUUCCAUUGUCCAGGAAAGUUUAGGGUCAUUGGUGCUCUAGCGAACUUUGAAGAUUUCUCAGAUGUUUUCCAGUGUCCUGUGGGCAGUAAGAUGAAUCCAACUAAAAAAUGUCGAAUGUGGUGAAGAGUUUUUGUAAGUCCUGGCGAGUUGGUGGGGAAAUAUUGUUUGUUCAGAAAUAAAUUAAAAUUUUAACAUAAGAA